CCUUUCUUCUCCUUCUACUUCUCCUCGCGUGGAUUAAAACGAAAGCGCAAGAUAUCGUGUAGUGCUACUAAAGUCUUUUUCCGGAGAAUCCAAUCCGUGUCGUUUACUCAUAACCAGAGAGAUUCCAGGCACCCAUGGAUGUCUCUGGCUUUGCUUUCCACCAGCUCCCCUUCUUUCCCCCCGGUGCCGGCGUUGGAACCUGUAAUUCCCAAUCAUCUUCUUCUUCUUCAAGGCUAUCUAUUUGCGGAGUUUCUUUGAAACCCAGAAAGGCAUGUACGAUGUUGGAUUCGUCAGAGUUUAGAGAUAGGGGGCAUCUACAGUAUUACCAUGGAGGAGGGAACAAGAAGGAGAAACAGUCUGUUAAGAAAAAGUUGAAAUUAGUAAAGGGCUUAUCCAAGGAUUUGUCCACAUUUUCUCAGCUAGUUGUUGAUGAUGGUUUGGUGGAUCAAGAUCGGGCCAAGUUGGUUUUGGAAGCAACACAAGGAUUAAUGGAACAGCUGAGACAGUUGAGAGCAAAUGAGAAAGAAUUUAAGAGGAAGAAGAAAGAAGAGAAGGCCAAGCUAAGAUCCACAAGGAUUGAUUGUGAAUCAUCCACAUUUGAAUCCAGUGAAAGCGAAUGUGGGGAGUUGAUUGACAUGAGCCGCGUGAGAUAUGAAGCUGUUCCGGUUGCACAACCAAUGCUAGCUGAUUUCCAGCAAGAAGCAUCUUCAACCCUCCCGAACUUGCCAACCCAAAAGCCGAACAUAAUUAGCACUUCACCAUAUCUUGAAAAAGAAUGCUGCAGUGGGCCAACUGUUUGCUGUGAUGACAGGAGUAGCUCAGCAAAGAGAAUUGAGGUAUGCAUGGGUAACAAGUGCAAGAAGUCUGGGGGCGCAGCAUUGUUGGAGGAAUUAGCGAGGCUUGUGGGGGUAGAGGGUGCAGUCGUCGGCUGCAAGUGUAUGGGCAAGUGCAGGGACGGACCUAACGUCAGGGUCCUGAAUUCCAUUGAAUCUGUUAGAACUCCGGCCAACCCGCUUUGCGUUGGUGUUGGUUUGGAGGAUGUAGGUGUUAUUCUGUCCAAUUUCUUUGGGGAGGAUCAGCUUCAGGGUCUGGCCCAAGCAUCUUAGACCUAGAGCGUACAUCGUAUACCUGUGCUUUCUUGUGUUCUUGGUUUGCUUUGCAGGGUUAAUUCUCCCUUUGCUAGCGUGAAAUGUGGAUGUACAUUCACGGAUUGAAAUUACAAGCAUUUUGUCAUAUUUUGCCUA